AUGAAGACCUUCGCCCUCCUUACCACCCUCGCCCUUGCGGCUCUCACCACCGCUCUCCCACAAGGUGGUGGUCUCAACGUCCCCGCCCAAGAUCCAUGCCAGAAAAGUCUUUGUGACUCUGAUUGUCCUCCUCCAAAGCUCGUAUGUGUACCUAUACGUAUCCCCAUAUACCCCUUUCCUGCUCUGUCUAUCAUUCCAAGCUUUGUCGAUUUGGGUGGGAUGAGAUUGUGUCGGAACGUUCUGAAUUUUUGCUGACUGCGUUUGAUUGCAGUUUGUCUCUAAAGUCCAGUGUAAAGACGGGAAGAUUGCUUGUAUUUGUGGUGUCAACCACCCUUAG